UAUCUUGUCUUUGCUCUUGUGCGCGUGUUUUCCGAUUUUCUCUGCGGGUUGGUGCGUCAUGGACGUUAGGGGUUGUUGAAUCGAGCAGGAAAAACCCCAUAAAAAGUGCGAUGGUGUCCCCCAAGGCGGUGUUGGGACUCUGUGCGGGAGUUUCCGCGACCCUCUUCAUCGGAUACUGCAUCUACUUCGACAAAAAACGCCACACAGACCCAGAUUUUAAGAAGAAAUUACGUGAACGACGCAGAGCACAAAGGGCUAAUAAUUCAUCGGGAAAGCGCACAAAAACAGUUUUCCCCGAUAUGAAAGAUCACGAGGCAGUACAAAGGUUCUUCCUUCAAGAGAUCCAACUUGGAGAAGAACUUUUGGCCGCCGGAGAUUUGGAAAAUGGAGUGGACCAUUUGGGCAAUGCCGUUGCCGUUUGCGGUCAACCCAAUGAUCUUUUACAGGUGCUACAGCAAACCUUACAACCAGAAGUGUUCCAUCUAUUGGUCAAGAGGCUGCCCGCAGUGGCUCCUCGCAUUAUGAAAGCACAAAGUUCAUCUCUCCAAGAGGACGAUGUCGAGUGAUGGAGAUGAUUUUUUUUGUUUAAGCUCCUAGUCUCAAGGACUUUUUUUUAGUGUCAAAUCACAUUUAUACUUUUGUGCUUCAGGUUUGAAUGCAAUAAAUUAUUUAGGAAAAUUUAAUGCAUUCGUAAAUAUUUAAAGAGUGGUGGCAGAAAGUUUUUUUUUUGUUUGUUUGAUGGAAUAUAGUACAAAUGUAUUUCAUAUAUUGUGUAUAUGAUAAAUACAAUGCCUAAAGUUGUCACUAAAAAAAUACACCUUGCCGUAGUCUUGUUGGAUAGAUAAAGUUUAAAUAUGUGUUGUUCUAAUUGGAGGAAACUAUUUUCAGUAAUAAAGCAGGAGGUUUGUUGCAUAAAGCAAUACUAUUAAUUGAUUUGUUGUUCUUUUUUAUAUCGUCUUGAGUUUCUGUAAAUAAAGGUUAAAAGCAAC